GCAGCGGGCGUGGAGCCGCCCGCCGUGGGGAGGGCAGCGUUUAAAAUGAAGGGCGGCGACAGGCCGCACAAAAGAUCGCUAUAGGCUUAGGAGGGAGGUUAGAGCGGAGGCGGAGAAAAAAAAAAAGGCAGCAGUCGCCCGCCCUUUCCCCAGCCAUGCAGGAGCAGCCGGGCCGAGGCAGCUGAUGAGAGCCGCCGGUUCCUAAAAAGAGUUUGGGAAGUGGAAAAGAGAGAGACAGGAGGAGGGUGGGGAUCUUCCUUCCAGCCCCUGAAGUUGGUGAUUCAGCCAGGGAGGGCUGGAGAGAAGAAGAUGAAGAGGGAGGAAAUAGGGUAAGAGAGGAGGCGCAGGGCGGCCGGCUGGGAUUCUGCCCCAUCUGUUGCAAAGGCAGCCCCGCGCAGCCGCCCCCCUUUCUGGCGGGGAGAGCCUGAAGUUCCUCUCUGUUUCCCGGCGGCGAUCGGAUGCGCCCGCGCCCCUGGAGGGCCGUCGGAGGACGCCUCUUUUCUCUUAGCCGGGGAAGCCAGUUGGGCGGCGGCGGCGGCAGCAAAAAAAAAAGGGGGGGGGAGGCAGCGAAAAGAAAAGGAGCAAGCGCGGCGAGUGACCCUGAGGAUCCCUCCCUCCUCCCCAGCUGCUGGAUUGGGUUCCGUGUGUGUGUGUGUCGGGGGUGGGGAGGGGAGAGGAAAUCGUUGCUUCCCGCCCGCCCUCCACGCCUAGCCUUCGUCGAUCGGCCGUGUCCUCUUUUGCACCGGAGGUGAGGUGCGUACAAAACACUUUUGGGCCAGCCGAGCAAAUCAAAGCGACCCUCCUCCUCCUGCGCGCGGCCAGUUUCCCCAGCCAGAGCUCAGCCGGGCCACACCCUCUGCUGUUCUUCCUGAUAGCGACGGGGAGAGGGAGAGAGGGAGAGAUGCCUGCCUGCCUUCUCGGGAGCUUUUAAAGGAGCCUAUGGCGUUGGCUCGCCCCUUUCCGGGCCGCGGGGACAGCUUGGAUUGGAAAGGAGCUAAACGGAACGCUUCUCUCCAAAGGACCAUCCCUGGGGAAAAAGACAAGGUAAUUGACCAUGCCAUUGCGGAAUCCGGGAUUGACUCUUCCUGAGAGCUACUGCUAGCAUCCGCCAAAGGGCUGAGGAGAUCCGAAACUUGUUUCCAAGGCUUGUAUCAUUUCACUGUGAAGGUGGAGUAGCACCAGGUUCCCUUCAGAGUGGGCUGAUCGCCCGCCGACUCUCUCCUCUUCCUCCUGCCCGCAAAGACUUUAUUUUUACUCGUGGAGAUUAAUGGAAUGAUGGUGCGGAAAAGGCAGAGAGAUCUUGCUGGGCUGAGUGGGGACUCCUCAGGAGGUGGCAGGAGUGGGAGUGGUGGCGGUGGCGGCAGCGGGGUCCAAAGAGGCAUGCGAGUGCCCCCCAGGCACUAUGGCUAGCGGCGGCUCUGGCAAGUCCACUAGUGAGGCAUCCACCCCCAGCAGCGGCACGUUGCAAAGGAAGAAGCUCAUCUCCAUUUGUGACCACUGCAAGAUCAAGAUGCAACUCGUGGCGGAUUUGCUCCUGCUGUCCAGUGAGAGCCGGCCGGUCAAUACGGACAGUCUGUCCGUCUUUGGGGAGUCCUUCGAGAAGUGCCGGGACACCAUCAUUGCCAGGACAAAAGGCCUGUCCAUCUUGACCCAUGAUGUCCAAAGCCAGCUCAACAUGGGACGCUUUGCGGAGGUGGGCGGCAUCUUGGUGGAGAUGGGGGACCUGGUGGUCUCCUUGACGGAGUGCUCUGCCCAUGCUGCUUACCUGGCUGCGGUGGAGACCCCAGGGGCUCAGCCAGCAUUACCUGGCCUGGUGGAUCGCUACAAGGUGACCAGGUGUAAGCACGAGGUGGAGCACGGCUGCGGGAUCUUGAAGAUCACCCCUUUGGCUGACAUGAGCCCUCAGCUCCUGCUGGAGGUCUCCCAGAACAUGUCGAAGAAUUUGAAAUUCCUGACGGACAUCUGUGUCCUAGCCAGUGAGAAAUCCAAGGAUAAGUUUGCCAAGGAGCAGUUCAAGCUCAGUGUUAAGUGUAUGAGCACCAGUGCUUCGGCACUCUUGGCCUGUGUCAAGGAAGUCAAGACUUCGCCCAGCGAGCUGACGCGCAAUCGGUGUGUCUUGUUCAGUGGACCCUUGGUGCAGUCUGUCUGUGCAUUGGUGGGCUUUGCCACCGAGCCUCAGUUCUUGGGCAAAGCGGCCACCAUUAACCCAGAGGGCAAAGCCGUGCAGACUGCCAUUUUGGGGGGCGCAAUGAGCGUCGUCUCCGCAUGCGUGCUCCUGACCCAAUGCCUCAGGGAUAUAGCCCAACACUCCGAAAGUAGCUCCAAAACAACUGAAUACAGGGAACGAUUGCGGAACUCUGCUUGCGCCGUCUCGGAUGGUUGCAAUCUGUUAUCUCAGGCACUAAGGGAAAGAUCUUCACCUCGGACUCUACCGCCAGCGAACUCAAUUUCUGUGAAUUAAUCUUUUCAAUUUAGAUAUACCAUGGUCACUGCUAACACAAACAUACUAGGUUCCCUCUCCUGACCCUUUUUUUAUGUAUACCAAAGAAUUUGUGUCGAUGCGCCCAAUUUUUUGACUUUUUUUUAAUUUUAAAAUUUUUAAAAAAUGAGGCAGCAAAAAGCGUCACCUUUUAACCUAUGUAGAAACAAACCAACAGUGAAUGGCUGGUAUUUUGGGGAGAGGGAUUUUUUUUUUUUAAGACCAUCAAAGUUGGUUCAGUUACAUAGGUUUUUAAAACCAGGUCUACAAACAAGCAAUUGGUUACAACAACAGUCUAAGGUUUUAUAGGUUGGGAGGGAGAUGGGAGAAUCUUUUAAAAAAGAGAGAGAGAGCCUUAAUCGCGCUGGAUGCGGUUUUAAAACUUUUUUUUGGUCUUCCAAAAAUUUCCCUUCUAAACUUUACUGUUCAGUUGUGCAGGAAGGAAAAAAAUUGUUACCUCAGUUUUCAUACAGUCUGAAAGAAGCAAAACUUUAAAUGAUGGAUGUAGCUACCUUUUUGUUUUUUGUAUGAUUACUUUUGAAUCAAGUGUUAGGUUAGAAGUGCAUUUGAUGUGUUGAGUGAGAAAGGAACGGAGACUGGAUGUGAUUUUCAAGCUGGGGGGGAAAAAGCUACUGUGAGUGUUUUUAAAACAGGGGUGGGAGAAAUUACACUCGUAAGAAGAAAGUGAUUUGGUUUUUUUAUAUUAUUUUUUCAGUGUCUUUUUUUUAAUCUUGCAUGUACUGGAGUAUUUAUUUCAUCUAUUAAAAUGUUGUUUCUCAGAUGU